AUGGCAGCUGCCACAAAGAGAGUUUUGUUCGUGGAGGCUUUCAAUGCGAUACGACCAACUCGUUGCCAGUCCGCGUGGUGUCAUACUCCAGCGACAAUUCGCAGACAUCAUCGUGGCUACUUCCAAAAUUAUUAUUAUUAUCUGCCAAGAUCCGCACGACAAGGGUAUCCCACAGUCCGCCUCUUUUCGGCCAAAUCCAGCGACACUGCCACCACCAAUGAAAGAAUAUCCCAAAUACGUCGAGAUGUGGAAGAAACUGUGGAACUGUGUCAGCGCAAUAUGGAAGGAGCCCCUUCGAUAUCUUCCGUGCAACAGCGGGUCGAUGAUUUGGAACGAGAAUCCUCCCAGCCUGGAUUUUGGGACGAUGCCAAUCAGAAGCGAUCCCAAGAAGUCACUGGUUUACUGUCACAAUCCACUCGAUUAUUGACGCGAUUAUCGCAGUGGGAUGAUUGGAAGGGAGAUAUGCAAGCGGGGCUGGAAAUGUUGCAAGAAAUGGAGGGCGACAACGACGACGAAAUUUCCGUGCUCAUGGAAGAGUUGGUGGGUACUAUUGUUUCUUUGAAAACCGACUUGGAUAAGUACGAACUGGAGCUGUUUCUCAGUGGACCCUACGAUGAUGCUCCUGCGCGGAUAUUACUCACGGCUGGGGCCGGUGGGACCGAAGCCAAUGAUUGGGUCAAUGACCUAUAUCGCAUGUACGAACGGCAGGCGACUGCCAUGGGAUUUCGUUGUCGUGUCGAGGAUUCACAACCAGGCGAUGUCGUCGGGUACAAGUCGGUAGAACUCCUCGUGGAAGGAGCACCGGGGACGUAUCCAUUUGGUUGGUUCCAGUCCGAAAAGGGAGCGCAUCGUUUGGUGAGACUGAGUCCUUUUAAUGCCCAAAACAAGCGGCAAACCACGUUUGCCGGGGUCGAUGUGGCCCCCGAUUUGAGCGACAAGCUAAAUGACGAUAGUCUACCCGACAUACCCGACAAGGAUUUGGAGAUUACCACCAUGCGAGCCGGGGGCAAGGGAGGUCAAAACGUCAACAAGGUGGAAACGGCCGUGCGCGUCAAGCAUCUGCCCAGUGGGCUGCAGGUCAAGUGUGCCCAGCACCGAACACAGAGUCAAAACAAAGACUUGGCUCUCAAACGGCUCAAGGGACAACUGUUGGCCAUUGCCCAAGAGCAACGAGUACAAGAAAUCAAAGACAUUCGUGGUGAUGCUGUGGAAGCCUCGUGGGGUGCCCAAAUCCGAAACUACGUGCUGCAUCCCUACAAAAUGAUUAAGGACCAAAGGACGGGGUGGGAGACUACCAAUACCCAGGGAUUCUUGGAUGGAGGAAAGUUGUUGGAAGAUUGCAUGGGUGCCUGGCUGCGGAAUAAUCAUGCCCAAAAGCAACAACAAGCCGAAGAAGACGCCAAGAGUAGCUAG